UUUCCACAUUAUUUAACAUAGCACAUCAUGUUUUUCCUGCAGUUGGAUGAUGCAUUUCUGACUUCUCUCAAGCAAGUAGAGCAGCUGUGCCCACGUCUUGAACACUUUGCAAGAUACUUUUUGGAAGAAUCUUGUGAAGCCUGAGAUGGAAUGCGAAUGCAGCUCCUGUCAGUGCUGCAAUCUGCUCUUGAGCAAAGUUGCCAGCGGAGGCGUACCAGUGUGAUCAGCCCCUUCCUGAAGUACGCGAAGUCUCACUUCCGGGAUGUGUGCGAUGAUGUCGUCGAAUCUACAUUUCUUGACCAAAGAAAUCAGGUUCUCGACUUCCCAUGCUGCCUCGUGGUCCUUCAUGCGAGCACUGAUGAGAGCAUGUCCAAGAUUCUUCACUUGAAUAGACACAGUCAAAUCGUCCAUCGGUUGGCUCGAGGGGGUGUACAGGAGGCGAUAUGGGCGGAAAUCUUGGAGAUCAUGUGGUCUUCUGGACAUUGGCCUUCGCCCCAAAAGGACUUGCAUCCGACCUGCUUGAUGUGUGGAAGGUUGGUCUGCGGCCCCCACAAGCAAAUGGUGCAGCAGCUGCCCUCCAGGCCUCUUCGACGCUUGGCGGAUGAAAGCCCAGUCUUGAAAGUGAAUCCUGAUCGCUUGUGCCGGCGCAUUAGCGAUCCCUGGAUGCUGGAAGAUGCGCCGGUAGUGCGGCAUUGUUUCUGGGAUCCUGAAGACUCUGAAUCCUUGAGAGUGUCAGUGAAGCAGGUGGGAUACUUGAGUUGGGAUGCUGUGAGAGAACACCUCGAGAGCUUCUCGGUGCAAAAGACCGCCGAGCAGUGCCAAUCGCACUGGCGAGAACUCGUCAACGCGGAACACGACGGCACCACGCAGAACACGCUGCGAGCACUGGAGAAUCGGAGCUUGGGAGAGCGAUGGAAACGGAGGGAUGACUCAAUCUCUGCAGAGAUGGAUGCGAUGAUGGAAGAGACUGAGGUGGAGAACGUGGAGACAGACUUGGGCAGCGGAUUGAUUCUUUGGUGCCCCCUGUUGGCUUGUUAUUUGUCGCCGGAAAGCAGCCUAGCUCGACCACCUGCAAGUCUACUACCAGAACAGAUCCAAGAGGAUUUUCUGGUGGGCCUCUCCGCUUUCUUCCGCACGCCUCUGGUGGACCGCACGGGCCUCCUGAAUCAGGAGUGCAGCCUUCGUCUAGCUGUAUUGGAUCCCAUUCCUGACAUGGAUGAAGCCUUCUCCAAAGAUCUGGCCACAAUCAUGGAUCAGCGCGCUGAAUCCUUGCUUUCUUUGGCUGCAGCGAGCAACUGCAAGGUGGAGGUGCUGUGGAGUGGAGGAAUUGACUCGACAUCACUUCUGAUUGCUUUCUUGCGAGCCUUACAGCCUCAUUGGCGGCCCGGCGAAGGCGAAGGAAGAUGCAGAGGAACACUUGACCCUCAAGGAAGCGAUCGCAUGAUCGUGAGAUGCAGUGCUGACUCCAUUGCAGAAUACCCGUGGUUUCAUGAGCAGGUGCUUUUAAAGCUACAAGGCGCUGGUGCCAUUGACCUGGAGCCCUUAGCCGACUCUGAGGAGUUCCCGUCAUUCUUCGACGGCGGACGGACGCCGCCCCCUCGCCGCGCGCGACCACGGGCGGUGUCCUUUUCCGCCGGUCCCGUCCAGGAGGUCACGGCACUGUGGGAAGGGCCAGCCUCGCGCCUCACCGUCACGGGCGAAUGCGGAGAUCAGAUCUUUGGUUCGCAGCUCCUCGAGGCUGCUUUCGUGAAGUCGGAGCUGCAUGCCAUCUACGAGCAGGGCUUAGAUGCUCCAUGGCAGGAGACCCUUUUGCCAUGCCUCCUGGAGAUGGGCGUCGUGAGGCCUGACCAGAAGGAACGUUGGCUCGCCUGGUUCCUGCCAUUUGUGGACAGAUGCCCGGUGAAGAUUUCGACCACCUUUGAUUUGUUGUGGUGGUUGAAUCUGGCAUGCAAGUGGCAGACGGUUUGCCUGAGGCUCUUUCAGAGGAGACCCUCUUUGUCAUGGGCCGACUUGAAAAGGAUUGUCCACUUCUUUCAGACCGAGGACUUCCAGCAGUGGUCCUUUCGUCCCGAGCAUCAUGCCGCGAAGAUGCCCGACCACCAACGAUGGUCCUCCUACAAGCAGCCCUUGAAGGAAUACAUUUUCGAGUACACUCAGGACACGAACUACUUCGAACACAAGCUCAAAGCGGGGUCUCUUUGCCAGGUGAACGAUGCAAGUCAGUUUGUAAUCAUGGGCGUGGAUGACCAGCUCAACAUCAUCCGAUUUGGGGAAACCUGCUUGAGCAAGCGGCAAAUGGAACGGAUGUAUCCGAACGACGGCUUGCGCAAGGCCUUUUGGAAAAGUCGAGAAAUCGAGGCCCAAGCCGAGCGAGUGGUCUGA